CUACACAAGGAACCAAGAACAAAAAUAAGUCUGAUGUAUCCCCUCUGAAACUGGUGACUUCCUCCAAAGUUGAAGGUGAGAAAUUGUGCUGCAGAAAUCACAUUCUCUCAGAAAGCGAUGUGAGCGAUGGACAACAUCUAUGCCAAUGUUGAAUGCAGCAAACCUGGCCAAUCAAGACCUUCAGCAAGUCAGACAGGUCCCAGGAGCUCUGAGAGGAGGUUUCAUGGAGCUGUUGUUCUCUCUCUGAGUCUGCUGAGUGUUCUCCUGCUGGCUGGGCUCAUCGGCCUCGGCGUCCACCACUAUAACUCCGUACAGCUUUCAGCUGAAGAAGCCAACCUGACUGAGCGUCUUCAGGCCAGUAAUGACAAACUCUUCUCCCUGACUGAAGAGAGAGACCUGCUUGUUGCCAAUCUCACUGAAAUGACUAAAGAGCUGAACAGGCUUCAGAAGACAUUUUGUCCUGUAGGAUGGAGGAGGUUUAGUCAUGCCUGUUAUUUCCUCUCCUGUAACACUGGUUCCUGGGAAAAAGGCAGAGAGGACUGCAGAGCCAAAGAAGCAGACCUAGUGAUCAUAGACAGUCUUGAAGAGCAGACGUUCCUCUCUAACCUCGUCAAGGAAGAAACUCUGGCUUGGAUCGGUUUGACUGACGAAGCCAUGGAGGGAACCUGGAUAUGGAUCGAUGGAACUCCACUGUCUCUGCAGUACUGGAGGAACACACAGCCUGAUAACGGUGGUGGAGAUCAAAGUCUCGGGGAAGAGGACUGUGGCCAAAUCAUACUGGGGACGAAUGAUUUAAAGAACUGGAAUGAUUUGCCUUGUAAAACUGAUGUGAAAUGGAUCUGUGAGAUAAGCGAUUAGCGUGAACGCGUAAUGAAAUACAUCAGAAAAUGUCUUCCACCUACAAAUCAUGGCUGAGUUGGUAGUAAGAGAGAUAUUUUGUAAUUAUAUCACCAAACCACCUAAAGAUGAACGUUCUGUCUAUCACAAAAUUGCAAUACAACAACCUCAUAUAGUUCAAUUAUUCGGUCUGUUUGUACAUUUGUGACUUUGCUAUUGCUCUGUGAGGUUUCCAAGAGAGCACAUGAUUAUAUUAAUUAUACUGAUUUUGAAUACCCCACCAAUAUUAAAUCCAUGAUUUAUCCUCCUCCUUUCCUCCUCUUUUAAUCAAUUUCCAAAAACGGGUAUCCACAGGUUUUCCUUUUUUUCAUUUACCAUGACAUUUUAUUAUAAAAAUAAAACUACGGCCAUUCUAAUCAAACACACAGA